CCUGCCUCCACCCUUUGAAAUUUUUCCCAUUGACGACCAGCUAGAAAAAAAAGAGGAGGAUGCCAUUAAAGCAGAAAUAGAACGUAGAUUGCAAGCAAAACAGCAAGAGCGGAUCAACAACGAGCAAACAACUCAUUAUUCGAGCUCUCAAAAUAUAUCGCUUGCCUUCGGGAUUGAACCCUCAUCUACAGUAAAAUACGGCGAAAGCACGCAAGAAGAAAAUGGAAAACGUUCACAAAGUGAGGCCGAGGAGCGUGCACGGCGGGAGGCUGAGGAACGAGCACGGCGAGAGGCUGAGGAACGAGCCCAACGAGAGGCUGAGGAACGAGCCCAACGAGAGGCUGAGGAACGAGCACGGCGGGAGGCUGAGAAGCGUGCCCGGCGAGAGGCUAAGGAACGAGCAUGGCAAGAGGCCGAAGAACGAGCCCAACGAGAGGCUGAGGAGCGUGCCCGGCGAGAGGCUGAGGAGCGUGCCCGGCGAGAGGUUGAGGAGCGUGCCCGGCAAGAGGCUGAGGAACUCGCACGGCAAGAGUCUGAGGAACGUGCACGGCAAGAGGCCGAAGAACGAGCAUGGCAAGAGGCUGAGGAGCGUGCCCAACGAGAGGCUGAGGAGCGUGCUCAACGAGAGGCUGAGCAGCGUGCUCAACGAGAGGCUGAGAAGCGUGCUCAACGAGAGGCUGAGAAGCGUGCUCAACGAGAGGCUGAGGAGCGUGCUCAACGAGAGGCCGAAGAACGUGCUCAACGAGAGGCUGAGAGGCGUGCACGGCGAGAGGCUGAGGAGCGUGCACGGCAAGAGGCCGAAGAACGAGCAUGGCAAGAGGCUGAGGAGCGUGCCCAACGAGAGGCCGAAGAACGUGCUCAACGAGAGGCUGAGAGGCGUGCACGGCGAGAGGCUGAGAAGCGUGCCCAACGAGAGGCUGAGAGGCGUGCUCAACGAGAGGCCGAGGAGCGUGCCCAACGAGAGGCCGAGGAGCGUGCUCAACGAGAGGCUGAGAAGCGUGCCCAACGAGAGGCUGAGGAGCGUGCUAAACGAGAGGCUGAGGAGCGUGCUCAACGAGAGGCUGAGAAGCGUGCCCAACGAGAGGUCGAGGAGCGUGCCCAACGAGAGGCCGAGGAGCGUGCUCAACGAGAGGCUGAGGAGCGUGCUCAACGAGAGGCUGAGAGGCGUGCCCAACGAGAGGCUGAGGAGCGUGCUCAACGAGAGGCCGAGGAGCGUGCCCAACGAGAGGCCGAGGAGCGUGCUCAACGAGAGGCUGAGAAGCGUGCCCAACGAGAGGCCGAGGAGCGUGCCCAACGAGAGGCCGAGGAGCGUGCUCAACGAGAGGCUGAGAGGCGUGCCCAACGAGAGGCUGAGGAGCGUGCUCAACGAGAGGCCGAGGAGCGUGCCCAACGAGAGGCUGAGGAUCGUGCCCAACGAGAGGCUGAGGAGCGUGCCCAACGAGAGGCUGAGGAGCGUGCUCAACGAGAGGCUGAGAGGCGUGCUCAACGAGAGGCUGAGGAGCGUGCUCAACGAGAGGCUGAGGAGCGUGCUCAACGAGAGGCCGAGGAGCGUGCCCAACGAGAGGCUGAGAAGCGUGCCCAACGAGAGGCUGAGAAGCGUGCCCAACGAGAGGCUGAGGAGCGUGCUCAACGAGAGGCUGAGAAGCGUGCCCAACGAGAGGCUGAGGAUCGUGCCCAACGAGAGGCUGAGAGGCGUGCUCAACGAGAGGCUGAGAGGCGUGCUCAACGAGAGGCUGAGAGGCGUGCCCAACGAGAGGCUGAGAAGCGUGCUCAACGAGAGGCCGAGGAGCGUGCACGGCGAGAGGCUGAGAAGCGUGCCCAACGAGAGGCCGAGGAGCGUGCUCAACGAGAGGCUGAGGAGCGUGCCCAACGAGAGGCCGAGGAGCGUGCUCAACGAGAGGCUGAGGAGCGUGCCCUCAACUCUAAUGAUGUUGUGUUAACUAUGGGAGGAGUAACCGAGGGGAGGUCAAAGCUGGUUGCCCCGGCCGAACGCUCUUUGGUACCGUCAGGGGAAGCUGAGGAGGAAGUUGGCGGUGAUUCCGACGACGAGUACGAAACGAUCUCCAACGGAAGUUGUACCAAUAACAGUGUUGUUUCUCAGGUUGAAAAUGAUAAUGGCAUUCUCUCUGGUAUGACGGGUAGUGCGACGGAUGUUCUUUCUGCCGCGAAUCCCCCAUAUGAACUCUUUGAGGAAUAUGCUUCGCAGGAGUUGAAGCGACUUGGCCUCACGGAGGCUGAAUUGCGCUGCCGUCGUAUCGAGUGCCAUCGGUACGAGACGAUUCGUGAGCCUGGUCGCUGCUUGUUUCCUCCCGGGGAGAGGCCUGAGGGUGACCUUUCUGCUGCGAGUGUGCAGCUCGGCUUUUUUUGCGCGAAGCAAGUCAUUGUCUCCAGCUCCAUUCCGCGCCAGACGAAGGUGGCAAAAAGAGAGCGGCACGGUGAUCCGAACCGGCGUCCGCUGAGCAGGGUGCAUUGUUUCUUUGAGAGCGAGCUUGUUCAGGAUCCCUCCGUCACGUUUGACGACGAGGAUCUUCCGCACAAUGCGUCUUCGGAGUGUGUGAUAACGGAGCGGGAGCUCCUCACAGGGCCAACGAAUACGGCAGUGAACAGGGCCCUCGCCAGGGUUUCUUUUGGGGAUCCCAUACAAGUUUGGGAGAGGACCCGGGGCCGCUCCUUCAACCUCCUCGAAUCCGGCGACAAGAAGUUACAGCGGCAGAGGACGCACACGACUGGUCCAACCGCGAACGACAUUUGGGUCAGUGAGAUUGAUGCGGGAAAACCGACCACCGCCGUGAAGGUCUUUGCCGGUGGUGUCCCAUUGCGAGUAGAGUGCACCAAAAUUGGUGGCCCCAUGAUUGACAUUCACGGGAGUGACGUUGAUCCGGUAAUUCUCUCCUUGGCAUUCUUCAGUAUAACAAGCAACAGUCGGUUGAAAGUAUCCGAGACAUUUUUCUUUCAUUCGGCGGUUGACAUCUUCUACCCCCACAAGGAGCGCCAGGAGCUGAGUCGGAGAAAUCAAGUUGUGGCUUUUAUUCCGCGGGAGUUUAUGAGUUCACUCCACCUUGUCGUGCAUGCCUUUCGCCCUGCCAGCGAGGACUAUGACAAUUACGUUGAUCUAUACACGAGGCCUGAUCGGUACAAAAACCAACAUGUCAUCCAAAUGAAGCAGGAGACACAACUUCUGGCUAUUACCUCGGAUGUGCUUGAGGAGUUGGGCUGGGGGUUUGUGCACUGCCAGCAGGAUUCGAACUCACGUUCUGUCACUCUUUCGAUACAAAAAUUGUACCGGAAGUCCGUUUGUGAUACUCAGCUUUGCAAACUUCUGGACGAUGAGAAGUCGAGAAACACGUUUCGCACUGUUCCCUUUGAGUUAGAGUUUACGAUAUCGGAGUGCACAUCACACGAGGUGGCAUUCCCUUCACAGCACGACAAGCCGCUUCCAGAGGAGAACGAAACGAUGGUGAGUCUUUUAGACCUUGAUAUUCCUGGGGCUCGGGCAGAAACCUACCGGUAUGUUCCCUGCGCCAUCCCCAUCCUCAACUCUGGCUUUUUUAACGCCUACCACAACGUCUACUACUUUCGCUUGAAAAAGGUGAAGAUUAUAAACGUGGGCGUCCUUCGUAAGGUGCCGAAUACACACCGCACGUACCUGAUGCAAAUAUGCGUGAAGGAUCAAGACGUGUCUCUUGGCGAGGAAGGGCUGCCGCUGAUAUAUGGACGUGGAUUGUCGGGAAAGAGACUUGAGACCUCCGCGUGGAGCUCAACGAUCCAUAACUGCCUGGAGUUCGAGUUGAAUGAUGAGUUCAAGCUGCAACUGCCACUUUUUUUGACGGAUGCGCACCACAUUUUCAUUACGCUAUACGCUUCUUACCAAAAGAAAAAUCCCCCAACGCCGGGUCAACAGAGACUUUACAAAAUCGGUUAUGCAGCAUUCCCCAUAUGUCGGAAUGGUGUGGUGCGUGUGAAGCAGGAUUGGUCUAUUAAUUUUGUCUCAGCUGAGCAGGCCGUGGUGAUUGCAGCCGGGGGAUAUCUGAAGAAAUUCCCUGAGGCACCUUCAUCGGCGCUGCUGAAUAACGGCAUUCCUGUUUUAAAUGCCUCAACGCAAACACGUACAUCUGUGCAUGCCUCAAAUGAACUUAUUGCGGGCGUUUUGAGAGGAGCAACACCUGCAUUAAAGAGCAUCUCACAAAACGACAAUGUGCUUGCAGUUUCGGGUAAAUUGUCGGCGGGUGUAGCCGCCAGAGAUGAUGGGGCGCACGCCAAGAUCAUUGCCCUGAUGCGGAAACUGCCACUUGCAGAGAUUCUCGCCUUUUUCCCGUUUCUGUCAUUUUUCAGCCUUGCACUUGUCAGUUCUCCUUCGUCCCAUGUAAGUUUGGACUGCCGCACUGCAGCUUUGGACGUGUUGGUUGACAUGACAUUCAGGGCCCAGGAGUAUGACGUUUCGACGCAGGCGUCAAGACGGCGCCAGGGACAACCAACAGCGCCCGGAUACAUACGGACUUCUGUGACAACAGUCUUGUAUCAUCAUCUGUCAAAUAAUGUAUUGUAUAGUGGGCAACGAUACCGUCUGUAUGCAGGGGUUGCGGAGGCGUGGCUGAACUUGUUGACUCAGACAAGACAUGCUUCGAGUGGUCCAGCAGUGAAACCCACAUCAGAUGGGGCUUCAGAUACCGAGAAUAAAUCCAAGGGUAAUACACCACUGCAAAGGAAUGUCAAGAAACAGAUGGCGGACCUCUCUUGGUAUCUGUUUGAUGUCAUACUGCGUUCCAUUUAUUUAAUGGCUUUGGAGAACCCAAAUACAUCGCGCUCGGAACUGUUUCAUCCCAGCUUCUAUACGCUAAUAAGGAAACUUUGCACCGAAGUGCUUGACGUGCUUGGUGGCUUCACGGUUGGCGGAAUCUUGGUGCGACGAGUUGCGUUGUUUUUGCGCAACCUCGGUAACUACUGCGAUCGGGGCCAUCUGUUGGAGAUUUAUCAGUCUGUCGUAAAGUUCUUUGAGGAACGUGGUGAAAUGGAGGGGCUGUGUGCCUUCUUAAAAAUUACGAUGGAGGAUCCGGAUGUUGUGGGAUGGAUGCUGCCUUUAUCGGGCCACGAAAAGCCCAUCUUUUUUACCCGUAUUUUUGUGGACGCCAUGUCACGCCUGUUAGUUCACAGGGAUCGCGACACAAGGGCGGAGGCGGCAGAAAUGCUCUACGCCUUCCUCUGCGGCCUUGCGAAUAAUCCACGCAUCCCGGCCGUAAACCUUCGGUGGUUGGCCUCCCAACUCUUCUCGUUACUGCGGCCGCUGUCGCUGCAAUGGAAGACGUACAUGCAGUUGUGCGAAAAGGUAGAAGGCACUGUUGCUGCAGUUGAUCAGAGGCAACUUGUCGUGAGCAUCUUGUGGAUCACGUAUUACACCUCUCGGGAGGUCCUACGCCAGUGGCUGUUGACGGAGGAGGACAGCAAGGUCUUUGCCGGUUUCAUGAGUCUUAUGACCGAUGCGCAGUCCCUUUUUCGCUACAGCGCAGGCACCGACAAGUCCGAGUUUCGCGGAGGGAAGAAUACAGCGAAGGAAUUGCGGGAGUGGGAUGCACGCAUGUCGACAUUUUCGACGGCCAUGGGAUCGCGAAUGUGCAGCAUUUUUCUUGAGUAUAUUCCGCACAUUUUGCGGACGCUGCGCAACGAUAGGGCAAACGUUGUGGUUUAUCCUUUUUUUAUUACGCUCGAGAAUCUUGUGCAUCUGGGAAACUCCACGUUGGCACUACAAAUUGGUUCCAGCGCCCUGUUUGAGGUUGUUUGCUCGUUGUUCCCGGAGAUCAUCAGUCGGACUGCGCGAAUGAGUAGCGGCAUAGUGCUGCUCACCUUUCGCCUCAUGAGUAGUUGUUCUCAGCACGUCCGCUCCAUUGCCGGGCGAACAUUUUUUUUUAUGAGUCAGUCGUAUUUCAAGUGGAACCGAUCUCUCGCACGAAUGAAGUCACUCACUGCCAACGCGUUGGUGUCUGUGGCGGAGUCAAAGACGCGUGAUCUUCGCCUGGCAGGACGUUUCAUUGAGUUUCAGUUUGAUGAUUUGUUUGAGAAGGCCCGUCGAGAGGAGGAAUACUUUAGGGCACCGUCGCAGGACUACGACACACGGUACGAGAGCGACUCUAACCAGAGCUGCGGGAACUCCGGCGUGACGUACCGUUACGACGUGGAUCCCUUGUUUCUCUCCGUGCAGCGCCGUCUCUCCGUCUCACAGUACCUGCUGGAGAGAGAAAAGAAAGAGCAGGGUAAGAACAAGCACGCUGGUGAAG